GCAUGCGCGUUUGUGUUCACUGUGGUGGUAGUGUUCAGUGUGGUGUUGUUCUAGAAGCCUGGAGGUUCGCCAGCAGAAGCUGCACCAUAUCUAUCAUCUUUAUAAGCUUCAAUAUUAAUAUUAUUAAUAUUAUUAUUAGUGAUCUAAUGGAAGAUCGAGAUGUAGCGCGUGCCCGCGAGCCGGAGGCGGGAACGCGCGCCUCUUUCUGCUCUAACGGCAGCGGCGGCGAGGACGAGGAGCCCGAGGCCGCGGGUGAAACCACGGGCUCUAGUGUGCAACGACACGGCGACGGAGGCUCCCUCGGCGGCUGCAGAGAGCAGGAGGUGUCGGUGGAGAUUGGAGAGACUUAUUUGUGUCAGCGCGCGGACAAAACGUGGCACUCAGCUGAGGUUAUCCAGUCCAGGCUAAACGAGCAGGAGGGCAGAGAGGAGUUCUACGUCCACUAUGUUGGAUUUAACAGACGACUAGAUGAGUGGGUUGGGAAAGGGCGUUUGGCAUUGACGAAAACUGUGAAGGAUGCUGUAAGAAAGAGUGUGGAGGAAGGUGGGGGAGGAGAACUGGGGGACCAGCCGGAAAGGAAGAUCACUCGAAACCAAAAACGCAAACACGAUGAGAUCAACCAUGUUCAAAAGACCUAUGCAGAGAUGGACCCCACUACAGCAGCCCUGGAGAAAGAGCAUGAAGCGAUCACAAAAGUGAAAUAUGUGGAUAAAAUCCAGAUUGGAAAUUUCGAGAUCGAUGCCUGGUACUUCUCUCCCUUCCCUGAUGACUAUGGAAAACAGCCCAAGCUUUGGAUUUGUGAAUACUGCCUGAAGUACAUGAAAUAUGAGAAAACCUUCAGAUAUCAUCUGGCCCAGUGUCAAUGGCGGCAGCCCCCUGGAAAGGAAAUUUACCGCAGAGGCAAUAUCUCUGUGUAUGAGGUGGACGGACGAGAUCAUAAGAUCUACAGUCAGAACUUGUGUCUGCUGGCUAAGCUCUUUCUGGAUCACAAAACGCUUUACUUCGACGUGGAACCAUUCAUCUUUUACAUCCUUACAGAAGUAAACCGACAGGGGGCACACAUUGUGGGUUAUUUCUCAAAGGAGAAGGAAUCCCCCGAUGGGAAUAAUGUUGCAUGCAUUCUCACACUUCCUCCAUACCAGCGCAGAGGAUACGGAAAAUUUCUCAUUGCAUUCAGUUAUGAGUUAUCAAAAUUGGAGAGUACAGUGGGUUCUCCAGAGAAGCCUCUGUCAGACCUGGGGAAGUUGAGUUAUAGGAGCUACUGGUCGUGGGUAUUGCUGGAGAUUCUGCGGGAUUUCAGAGGAACACUGUCCAUCAAAGAUCUCAGUCAAAUGACCAGCAUCACACAGAGUGACAUCAUCAGCACCCUGCAGUCUCUUAACAUGGUGAAGUACUGGAAGGGCCAGCAUGUGAUCUGCGUCACUCCCAAACUUGUAGAAGAACAUCUAAAGAGUGCACAGUACAAAAAACCACCAAUCACAGUGGACACUUUGUGUCUUAAAUGGGCUCCACCUAAACACAAACAAGCCAAGUUCUCCAAGAAAUGAAGAGGCCAGGAGAUUCUUACACUGCAUCAGCAUCAAAAACCUGACAGAUCAAUAAACACAACCUCAUUUCCUGUUUAAACGUUUUCAUUACAGACUGUACAUUUCUGCUUUUUUAAAUAAAUGAGAAUAGUGGUGUCCACUUUUCUUGAUGUA